AGUAGGGUGGUGAGUGGUGGUAAGGAGGGUGGUGGUGGUAGUGGUGAGUAGUGUAGUGGUGAGUAGUGGUGAGUAGGGUGAGUAGUGGUGAGUGGUGGUGAGUAGUGGUGAGUAGGAGGGUGGGGGCUAUGCGCGGGCCCGUCCUGGCCGUGGUUCUGGGGGUGCGGGGUCCGGGCCCCCUGGACCCCACGUGUGCAGAGUGCGGCGCGGGGGUCACGUGGGACUCACGUGACCACGUGGGGUUGGAGUGUGCGCGGUGCGGACCGGCCGGGGUGCGGUGGCGCUACCGCUUGUGGGUGACGGUGGCGGUGUUGGGGCCCGCCGGGGAGGGGCCCACCGGCCACGGGGCGGGUGGUGGUGGUGGUGGUGGAGGGGAGGUCACCCCGCGACCUCUCGCCUUCAUCACGGUGUUUGGCCCCUGCCUGGAUGAGUUCAUGGGAGGCCCGGCACCCACUUUUAGACGGGCGGUGAUGAGCGUGUGGAGAGGGGAGGGAGAUCGCGGGGAGGGGGCCGGUGGCCGCGGGCCCAUGGGGGAGCCCUGGGCCCUGUUGUGCUGCGCCACCGAACAGUUCUUUGUGGGGCGAACGUUCAUCUUCGGCCUGCAGCCCCCCUCUCGCCCACACAGAGCCCCCCACUGUACGAGUUUCGUGGCUUCCCACCUGUGGUGUACGCAGCCUCUCCCCCACGGACUCACCGUGCUCUCCAUCGUGAAGCGGCUCGCUCAGGUGCACUUUCAUUGA